AUGGCAGACAGCUCAAGCACACAAGAGUCUCGAGAUGAAGGCCUCGAGAGUCGCGACGACAUCCCGUUGAAAGAGUCUGGAAGUGACCAGAGUACUGAAGAAGCAAAUGAUGAUUAUCCGUCAAUUUUGAAACUUGUACCUAUUUUGAUUGGACUGUGCUUCCAGUCCAUAUGCAUUGCCUUAGAUAAUACCAUCCUUGGAACCGCAGUGCCAAAGAUUACGGAGGAGUUCAACUCACUCGAAGACCUCUCAUGGUACGCAAGUGCCUAUCUGUUGACGACAUGCGCUGUAACUCUCCCUUUCGGCAAGAUUUACACUCAUUUUUCCACCAAAUGGACGUAUAUGACAGCUCUGGCGCUGUUCGAGAUAGGCUCCUUGAUCUGCGCCGUGACACCUACAUCAAAAGGUCUAAUAUUUGGAAGAGCCAUUGCUGGAAUUGGGUCUGGCGGACUAUCCCCGGGUGCUUUACUUGUCCUUGCGACCAGUUUGCCACUUCACCGUCGGGCAUUGUACAUGGGAAUUAUAGGCAGCACAAGUGGCAUUGCCACCAUUACUGGGCCGCUACUAGGAGGAAUAUUUACGGACAAAGUCAGCUGGAGGUGGUGUUUCUACAUCAACCUUCCCCUCGGAGCUAUUACAGGGAUCUUCAUUAUUCUUUUCUUCAAGGACAAACCAACGAGUAACACUCAGCCCUUAAGCCUCACACAACUGAGGAAGAUGGAUCCAAUUGGUUUUCUCAUUUUCAUUCCUGCCGUUGUCUCCAUUCUGUUGACGCUCCAAUGGGGUGGCAUUGAAUACGACUGGGGAAAUGCGCGCGUCGUUGUUCUUUGUGUCCUCUUCGGAGUUUGUGCGGUCAUGUGGUGCUUUGUCCAAUUUUGGAAACAAGACAAUGCUACUGUGCCCCCUCGCCUGCUUAAAGAUCGCAAUGUCUAUGGUGCAGUCAUUCAUGCAACGUUCUUGGGUGGCUCGUUCUUUGUGUUUGGCUACUAUCUGCCAGUUUGGUUCCAAGCGAUCAAAGAAGUUUCAGCCUCCGAGUCUGGAGUCAAUAACCUUCCACUGGUUGUGGCGAUGAUCCUUUUCUCUGCCCUCGGAGGUCUGCUAGUAAACCUAACUGGCUACUACACUCCACUUAUGUUCGCCGGCAGCGCUUUUCUUACCAUUGGAUCCGGCCUUUGCACAACUCUUAGAGUUGACACGGGAUACGGCAAAUGGAUUGGAUACCAAGUCAUAAUAGGCAUCGGGGCCGGCCUCGGGUUUCAACAGUGCAUCAAUGCACUCCAGACAGUCCUGCAAGUCCACGAUAUCCCAAUUGGUAUUGCUAUCAUCACAUUUGCGCAGAGUCUGAGUGGGGCUAUUUUUAUCUCAAUUGCGCAGAACGUUUUCCAGAACAGGCUUGUGGCAAGUAUUUCUAUGUAUGCUCCAAGUAUUAGCCCCGCUGUGAUUAUCAAGGGAGGGGCGGCGAAUUUGUCGAGAAGACUGCCUGAAGAUGCCCUCCCUUCAGUGCUUCACGCCUACAAUAUUGCGGUCACACAGACUUUUUAUGUGUCUGUGGGCGCGGCAGCGCUCUCCUUCCUGGGCGCGGGUUUCGUUGAAUGGAGGUCCAUGAGAAAGCCACAGAAAAUAUAG